CUCUUUUUGCCAGCAUUCAAGAUGUCAGUCGUUGAUAGAUUGACCUUCAGGGUAAGGGCACUGGCUUCAACUGGAGAGACUGAGCAUGCUCCCUUCUUGCUCUCUUCUUCCUGCUCUCUUCUUGCCAGUUCUCUAGGCCUUUCACAGAAAUUAACAUUCGUCCUCUUGGGAUGCACUAUUGUAGUCGUUUUUCUUUAUGUUUCAGAGUAAUUUUGUUAAUAAUUGCAUAUCCAUUCACAUGUGAUUUUUUUUUGCAGAAUCUGGAUUGCGUCUCUUUGAUAUUUUAAUCAGAAAUGAACAUCUGAUAGGGGUUUUGGGCAGAAAACGAAAAGGAGCUUCAUUUAACCAUACUGAGCAUGCUCCAAUGCUUUGGAGCAUGCUCAGAUGCAUAGUGUACCACUCGUCGAUGAUUAUGGCAAAGUGAUACUACAUUUGUUCUUCGGCUGUUUUUGCACAAUCCCAAAAGGCAACGGGGCUGGGGAAAGAAGGCGGGCUCAGCUGUGGCACGCAACCCUGUGAUUCUUUCCUCUUGUGUUCUACUACCCUUUUAAGCUAUGGGGAAGAUCGGGUUGCAGUUUAAAGCCACUUUGGAAAACAUUACAAAUCUCAGGCCAGCGGGAGAGGAUUUUCGUUGGUACCUGAAGCUAAAGUGUGGAAAUUGUGGCGAGGUUUCAGAAAAAUGGCAAUAUCUACGAUUAAUGGACAGCCACCCUCUCAAAGGAGGCAGAGGGAGUGCCACAAUGGUGCAGAAAUGCAAGCUGUGCUCCCGAGAAAACUCCAUAGAUAUAUUGAGUCACACCAUGAAGCCUUAUAACUCUGAAGACAACGAGACAUUUAAGACAAUAGUGGAGUUUGAGUGUCGUGGCCUUGAACCAGUGGACUUCCAGCCACAGGCUGGGUUUGUUGCAGAAGGAGCAGAGUCUGGCACACCUUUCAAUGAAAUCAACUUAUUGGAAAAGGACUGGAAUGACUACGAUGAGAAAAUAAAGGACUCAGUAGGAAUCUAUGAAGUUACCCAUAGAUGUCAUUUUCAAGAAACCAAGAGCUUUCCUUAGGUCACAUACUGAUCAAAUUUGAGGAAAGAACAUGAAGCCCUAACACUUCUCUUUCAGCUAGUUAAGAAAACUUCUGCUUGCUCGAGAAGAUUCUUCUUGUUAUCUGUUUACAGAAGAAGCUGCUUAAAGGAUGUUUGCAUUAUGCAUCUGAACACUGACAGAAUAUAUGCUGUGAACUAAGAGUUUGUCUCCUAUAAAUUCAUGGACAUGAUCUUAAUAUGUAAUCUGAAACCUGAUUUGUAUAUGAACAAGAAAGGAAAUCCUAUGGUCCAGUCCUAGGAUCUUGUAGUCAAAACAGAUGAGAUAGUAACCAUGUCAUUUCUGCUUCAGGGUUACUUCCUUCCCCCCCCCCCUUUAAAUAAAACAGCAGGGGAAUCAAGCAGCAAGACUGUGGCAUACCAAGCACAGGCACUUAAUACAUUCCCCCUGUGCUAUGAUCCCAACAUUCCCUCCCCACCUAAACUGCUGAACACUCCAGGAGAAAAGUUUCCACUGGUACCAGUGAAAGCUUUCCUCCCUCCUAGAGCUUAUAACCGCCUGGUGUGGGUUUGUUGUAUUUAUGAAAAUUUAAAAAGCAGAAAUUGGCAUCAAGUUUUGACCCUUCAUACAAAGGUAGUACUGGACUACUUUUACAGUCAAUAGCAUUACAAUCCAUAUACAGAAUUACAAAUGCAUUAUUUUUUCAAGACCUGACAUUUUUAAAAGGAAUUACAAGGUAGUAGGUGCUAAACUCCAAUUCCAGCAUUCCUCUGACUGGACUGUCUGAUAGUACAAUGCAUUUAAAAAGACCAGCCCUGCUGUGUCUUAAUCACUAACCUGUUUACCUUCCAAAACAUUAAAAAUAUCUUCUAGUGAUUUGUGUACACAUUGGAGGAAUUCUUGCACAUUCCUAGCUGGGUAGGCAGAAGCGUUGCAUCCAAUGCAGUCGUCAUGCACUGCAUAGGCUAUUCCAAAACCAUUGGGCACCACUGGUGCAAAGCCACCCAUGUGGACAGCUGGGCUGCUCAGGGUGCUUGUGGAGAGAAUGUUGUGAUUAAUCUGGACAUAAGCUUGGUCCUGGUAAAGGGCUGGCAAGGGAGUUCCUUGGGAUUCUGCAAAAUGCCGCAAGCUAAACAAAUGACGGUCAAAUCCCUGACCUGUUAGGAUAAAAUACAACAGUGAGUCACAUUGCAGAAGAUGUUGGCCGAUACAAGGAAAAUUCUCAAAGUAGUCCCAUUGCAAUUAAGAGGACACAUUAGGCAAUAGCUAAUUUGCCCUUUUAAUUUCAGGGGGAUUACUUUCAGUAAUUUCCCCCAGCCACUACCUGUUUCUUAUGGCUAAUUUCACACUCCCUCUAAAGCCACAAAAAGCAUAGAUGAGCUGUCCUUGCAUCAGAAAAUGUUGGCAAAGAGGUCCCUCUCAUAAAACUAGUAAACCUUAACUUGACUUAAAUGCAGCAUUCAAUGCAGGCAGACAAGCUUUCUAACAAGCAGCUGAAGCAAGAGUAAAGCUAAGGAAUGGCCUUCCCCCCCCUAAGUUCCCAGGAAAAGCUUAACCUCUACAUGCAUGCAGUGUUUUUGAGUUUUCAGAGCAGCGCUUCUAUGUUAUCCCAGAAAUCUUAAUAAAAGAUAAACACUUA